AUGAGUGCCAGCUGGUGGCCACGGCAGUUUUUCGAAGUAUUGGGCCCACCGUUUGAAGCGUUCUUCUUUAUUCGAGAUGGUCGUUCCAGAAAUGAACAAAAACGGACGGGGAAAGAACUCACUGCUAGCCUAUUACAAUCAUUCCGAAAUGUCUACGCCCCAGACGCCCAUUCAGGCAGCUGUUGUAAUGCACUUGUUACCUUUCUGUAUGGGUUUUUCUACCAUCCAGCUACUAAGUGUCUGGGUAGUUUUUUCGGAGGAAGACCCACCCUGUGCUUAUAUCUUCAUCUUCUGUUUAUUUUAGCAUCCGUUGCUUUGCCUUCGGUCGAGUGGCCGUCACAAAUAUCCUAUCAUAAUGGGAUAACGAAUGACAUGGGAUUGUGUCGUAUCGGCUGUCAAUCGUCAUGCCAGUUACGCAGGAAAUAUUAUUUUCUUCUUGGCUUGUCGGUUUUUAUGUUGCUCUUUCUGUAUUACGCACUGCGUGAGACAGUUGUUUCUUAUCCGAUAUCUUAUAAUGGGAUUCAUUUCUUUUUGGCUGCUACACAAAAGGCGAAUAAUGACACGACCGUUAUAGUUCACCCACUUCAUUCAUCCGUCCAACAAAGCGUUCUGGUCUUUUUGCACAUCCAGAAAACUGGUGGAUCGCUGGUUGAGCGUCGACUAGUCAAGGACGGACUUCGUAAUCGGUCUUGUUUGUGCACACCGCAUUUUCGCCGCUGUGAAUGUCGCACAAAGUUGGGAAACACAUGGAUCGUCAGUCGGUUUUCAACAGGUUGGAUUUGUGGUCUUCACGCAGACCUAACCGAAUACACAGAAUGUGUACAAGACAAACUGACCGAGCUGGAUGGAACGAUAGUGCAAAGGCGGUUCAUUUACUUCACUCUACUAAGAAACCCCGUCGAUCGAUUCCUCAGCGAGUGGCUUCAUGUGCGACGUGGUGCGACUUGGCAUGGAGCCAACCUGCAUUGUGGCGGUAGACCUCCAGAUAACCGGGCAUAUCGUCCCUGCUACACGUUACCCGAGUUUAGUGGCAAUUCUACUCAAGUUUGGUUUCGCGGACAUCCGACAUGGACCGGUGUGGAUUUGGAUACUUUUGUAAAGUGUAAGUACAACCUGGCACUCAACCGACAAACACGGAUGUUGGCCAAUCUCCGCAGUCUCGGUUGCUAUAGGCACUUGCUAGAAUGGAACAUGCCUCGCAGUCCAUUCCAGGCAACUGUACCGCAGCGCGCUCUUCUAAACAGUGCCAAAUAUAACCUUGCAACUUUUCUUCGAACAUUUGGUCUUUCUGACUAUCUUGCCUAUACACAGUAUUUGUACCAGCGCUCACUUCAUAUUACUUUCAACCGUCUUUUCGUCGCCAAUGAAUCUUCCGAACGUCUUUCCCACGCCUACCACGUUCGUCGUAACAUGUCCGACUCUCAGUUACAGCUGAUUCGGGACGCCAAUGGAUUAGACCAAAUGUUGUAUGACUUCGUCACACGCCUAUUUACCCUUCGAAUCACGUGGCAUGUGGCUAGGGAUAGUUCCAUAUCAAUGCGUCACAAACGUCCACUACUCACACUUUGGCAUGCGCGGAAUUUUCGUGGACUUGAGGAUAUCCUCUUGGACACGAACAACCGAAACUACUUCCGUCGUCAGUUCACUAUUCAGCUGAUUAGGCUGUUAAAACGGCAGGGAAGUUCGUCCCCGUCUAGAGAGAAGCUAUCACGUGAGCAGUCGAACUGGGACCAAGUACUGUUGCGUCAUUUUGGAGAAUUCGACAGCUCUUCAGUAUCUUAUUGAACCACGCUGGUCGCAUUUAGCCCUAAUAGUUUGGGUAAUUCUAAUCUUUCCACGUUCAGAUGUCAACAUUCGUUCAGAUUUUUAUGGCCCUCUUUCUUCUCAAAGCAGUUUCUUUUUGGUGACCAUGUUUUUUAUGAUUAUGAAGGUAAUUUUGACCAUAAAGUUUCUGGCAAUAAGCAGCCAGUUUUUUCCGCUCUAUUUUCUGCGCUUCCUAUGGGUUGGCAUUUUACGCAACUAUUGGUCAUUAUGAAACUUUCUUGCUCCGGAGUAUUGAGACUAGUCUAUACAAUAUCAUAUGAUCUUGUCAGAUGGAUGUUUUUUUAAAAGCAUAACUAGUGUUCCCAUAUCCAGCAACAAUGAUCGUCCCCGGUGUAUAUUUGGCAGGGUUGUCUUCACCUCACCGGUUGAUUGUACUCCGGGUAACUGUUUGUAGAUGGAACACUGUUUUUUGUGUGACCUACUCCAUGUGGAGAUAGUACAGUUUUGAUUAACUCGCUGCGGUUAAUUUAG